AUGUCCAGGUUACAUGAAAUAGAUCCAGGCAUAGUCGUUAAAACAUACGAUAUUUUAAAUAGCGAUGCUAAAAAAUCAAUAUCGCGUUCAUCGAAUAUCGUUAGUGCAUUAACCACUAGUCAAUUAAUUCCAGAAACAAUUUUAACCAAUGAUUAUAUUUCAAAAAAUGAAGUACCACCAUAUGAUGAACGUAAACGUGAAGUAAAACGAAAACGUCAAAUCGAAAAGGAUAAAACAAAAGGAAAAAAUUGGUACAAUUUACCAGCAACAGAAUUAACUGAAGAAAAGAAAAAUGAUUUGCUGGCGAUACAAAUGCGUGGUGGUUUGUAUGCCGAUAAAUUUUUUAAAAAAGGAAGUGAUAUUAAAGGAUUACCAAAAUAUUUUCAAACUGGAACCGUUAUCGAUAGUCCAGCUGAUUUCUAUCGUAGAAUACCAAACAAAGAUAGAAAGAAAACGAUCUUGGAAGAACUGUACAGUGAUGCAAAAGUUAAAAAAUUCAGUCGAAAACGUUAUACCGAAAUUAAAGAACGUAAUCGGCGACGCAUUGGCGCUACAAAGCAUAUGAAACGUUUAAAAAAGCAGAAAAAAUGA